AUGUGGUUCGAUUCAAUCUGGCUUCUUUUUCAUGCCCGCAUGAGUCGUGCCGAUUCAGAGGGGCACGUAUCAGACCAAGGUGAUAUCCAGCUCCGUUAUUGCAACAAAUCGGGCAAACCAGGGGGACUGAUGAAAAGCUCGAGUGAAGAUGCGGAUACAAAUGAGGAAUCAUCGUCAGGAUCGACGGAGACGGGCAGCAGCUCCGAAACCGAAUCGGAGAUGGACACCACCGAGACGUCCUUCUCGUCGAAGAGUGCCACCGAGUGCGGUGGCCACGGAUCGGGAUGCAGCCAACAGCAGCAGCAUCAGCAGCAGCACCAGCAAUCCCAGCAAGGCUUGCUCCGGGUGCACAACCGCAACUACGCCGUGUACGGUGGUGGUACUGGUGGAGCCGAGCAAAAAAAUUCCAAAAACUCCUGCCACAAUCAUCAUCACCAUCAUCACCAUCACCAUCAUCACCAUCAUGGAGAGGACGAGAGUAAGAAGGAUGCGAAACUACCGAUCAGUAUUUGUAUACUCAACUGCCGCUACGACAUCAUUUCGCGGGUGGUGAAGCGGCUCGGUUACCGGCUGGUCGCUGAGUCGGAACUGUGGAACGUCUGCUGGACCGAUUCGUUCGUCGGGGUGGACUUUUGCCGCGAUAUGCGCCGCUUCCAGAAGGUGAACCACUUUCCCGGUAUGUUCGAGAUUUGCCGCAAGGAUCUGCUGGCCCGUAACCUGAACCGGAUGCUCAAGCUGUUCCCGAUCGACUAUCAGAUCUUCCCGAAAACCUGGUGCUUCCCGGCAGACUUGGGCGACGCGAUCGCCUACAGCCGGACGCAUCGGAGUAAAACCUUCAUCCUGAAACCGGACCAGGGUUCACAGGGGAAGGGUAUUUUCUUGACGAAAAACCUGAAAGAGAUCAACCCGAAGGAUCGUAUGAUCUGCCAGGUGUACAUCACGAAACCGCUGCUAAUCGAUGGUUACAAAUUCGAUCUGCGGGUGUACACGCUGAUCACGUCCACCGAUCCGUUGCGGAUCUUCGUCUACAACGAGGGCUUAGCCAGGUUUGCCACGAACAAGUACAAGGAACCGUGCGUGACGAACGCAUCGAACAACUUCAUGCACUUGACGAACUACUCGGUCAACAAGUACAGUCGGACAUUCUCAAAUGAUGAUGAGGCGGGUUCGAAGCGCCGGUUCUCCACCCUUAACCGCAUACUGACGGCGGAGGGUUACGAUAUUGCCGAACUGUGGAGCAACAUUGACGAUGUGAUCGUGAAAACGGUGAUGAGCGCCUGGCCGAUGCUGAAGCACACUUACACGGCCAGCUUCCCGACGCACGACAUCAUACAGGCGUGCUUCGAGAUCCUGGGAUUCGACAUCCUUAUCGACCAUAAGCUGAAACCGUACGUGCUAGAGGUGAACCACUCGCCAUCGUUCCACACGGACGAGGCGAUCGAUAAGGAGAUCAAGGAAGCGCUGAUUCGCGAUACGUUCGUGAUGCUCAACCUGAACGGCGAGGUGAAGAAGCGCGUGCUGGAAGAGGAUAAACGACGCAUCCAGAACCGGUUGUUGCAGCGGCUGCGCGAUUAUUCGAAACAGACGGGCCCAAAGACCGGGGAUACUGCGGCACAGGUUGGCCGAGAUGCAAUGGUUGCCGGUGGGGACGGUGAGGCCGACGAGGAACUGUACGGUGAGGAUGGAACGGGCCCUUGGGCAGAGCAAAUCAACUGGGAGGAAACGCAUCUCGGGGGUUACCGGCGAAUCCUGCCGGCACCGGGUGAUCCGAAUCGCUACCUGCAGUUCUUCAUCGCCCAGAGCCAGGCCUCGGUGUACAACGAAACGGCCGCUAGUAAGCGUCGCGAAGAGUGUGCGAAGCAGCAGCGGAUCGAGCUGGAGGAGCGGUUCCGUCUCAAUCAGGCCAUCCUGCACAAGCACAAUCGGAAGCUGCAGAAGGGCAACGGCCUGUGCCCGGGCGAGGAUGCGGCCGGCGGGGGUUCACUCGGGGCGAAGAAAAAGAUCCGCAAGCGGAAGCUUCUGAAGGUGACGAAGAAACACGAUGACUACACGCCCGAUCAGAUCGCGGACUACGAAGAGCGGGAGCGAAUGGCCCUGCUCGGUCAGCGUGACUUCCUCAUCCGCACCUGCGGUUUGGUGCAAAGCAUGUACAUUAACUUCCACCGAAACAAGCUGUUGACGGAUUCAGACCGGCGGAAGUACAAGGAGACAUACGCGAAGUUGAUUGCGAACGAACAGUUGCAUCAGUCGGAAUCAUCGCCCCAAUCGAACCAUACCUUAUCGACGAUCCACAGUACCAGUACCGUCGCCGGUUCGGUCGCUUCGACCGCGUACGGUGGAGUUCCGGCAGCAGCCACAACCAGCACCACGUGUCUGCCUAGUCUAGCUAAUAAUGGCUCGGGUCAGGGGAACCAGACUCACCACGGUUCGCAUCAUCUGCAGCAUCAUCACCAGCAGCACCACCAACUGCCACAACCACAAACCACCUCGACGGCAACGCUGCAGUCGAAUCAGUUGCAGAAGCUUCAGAUUAAAAGCCUCGUCGCUAUCAACGAUGUGACCUCGUGGAUGCAGUGUACGGAAGUGCCGGUUCCGAGUCGGCCACCACUGCCGUACCUGCUGGCAACACAACCGACUAACUAUCGCAGCACCAAGUCGACGAUGGCACGCCAGGUGACGAACGUAGUGAAGCGCCACAGUCUCGAGUCGCGCCAGUACUACACCUCCGACAAGAUCAUCUAGUAUUGACUCCGGCACGGCAGAAUACCGGGCCGUGCACGACCGGGCCACCACCAUACGGGCUUAAUCGUUUCCAUCUUCUUAUUCAUCCUUUACUCCCUGCGUGUGUCAUGCUUGAGUUUUUUCCUACUUCUCCUCUGCCCUGAUCGUAAACGAUGGUGUUCGCUACUAUACACAGGCCGUCUCACACCUAACGGAGGUCCCAUCAGCAAGCCUCUACCUGGAGUCCGUACCACAUUGUGCUGGGUUCCGCGACUGUUCUUUUCUCAAUUAGGCAACUAAAUUCA